AUGGUGGAGAAGAAAACUUCGGUUCGCUCCCAGGACCCUGGACAGCGACGGGUGCUGGAUCGGGCAGCCCGGCAGCGCCGCAUCAACAGGCAGCUCGAGGCCUUGGAGAAUGACAACUUCCAGGACGACCCCCACGCGGGCCUCCCCCAGCUGGGCAAGCGGCUGCCUCAGUUUGAUGACGACGCAGACACUGGAAAGAAAAAGAAGAAAACACGAGGUGAUCAUUUUAAGCUCCGCUUCCGAAAAAACUUCCAGGCCUUGCUGGAGGAGCAGAACCUGAGUGUGGCGGAGGGUCCUAACUACCUGACGGCCUGUGCGGGACCCCCAUCCCGGCCCCAGCGCCCCUUCUGUGCUGUCUGCGGCUUCCCCUCCCCCUACACCUGUGUCAGCUGCGGUGCCCGGUACUGUACUGUGCGCUGUCUGGGCACCCACCAGGAGACCAGGUGCCUGAAGUGGACCGUGUGA